CAGCUAGCUCUCCCCACUCUCAUCACCAUAUAUACCCAUACUCUCUCGCUCAAACCUUCGCUCAGCUCUUAAAACCAAAAGACCAAAAUCUCUCUCCUUUUCUUUGUAAGAAGAACCUAUCUUCCUUUCUCUCCGAGAAGUUUAAUACAGCAAGUUUAGGUUUUUUGGUAUGGCGAAGGACAUGGAAGUUGCAGAGGCAGGAUCAUUCUCUGCGAAGGACUACCAUGACCCACCACCAGCACCAUUGUUUGAUGCUAAAGAGUUAACAAAGUGGUCAUUUUACAGGGCCUUGAUUGCUGAGUUUAUAGCAACACUGCUCUUUCUUUAUAUCACUGUUUUGACUGUUAUUGGUUACAAGAGCCAGAUUGAUGGAAGUGCUGAUUCUUGUGGUGGGGUUGGUAUUCUUGGUAUUGCCUGGGCCUUUGGUGGCAUGAUCUUUGUUCUUGUAUACUGCACUGCUGGUAUUUCAGGGGGUCACAUUAACCCAGCAGUGACAUUUGGGCUUUUCCUAGCCAGGAAGGUCUCUUUGAUCCGGGCUGUGAUGUACAUGGUGGCUCAAUGCUUAGGAGCCAUAUGUGGCGUUGGGCUUGUUAAGGCCUUCCAAAAGUCUUACUACAAGAAGUAUGGUGGUGGAGCCAACACUUUGGCCGAUGGGUUCAGCACCGGCACUGGAUUGGGUGCUGAGAUCAUUGGCACUUUUGUCCUGGUCUACACUGUUUUCUCUGCUACAGAUCCAAAGAGGAGUGCUAGGGACUCCCAUGUGCCUGUUUUGGCUCCUCUUCCAAUUGGAUUUGCUGUGUUCAUGGUUCACUUGGCCACCAUCCCCAUCACUGGAACUGGCAUCAACCCUGCUAGGAGUCUGGGAGCCGCUGUUAUCUACAACCAAGACAAGGCCUGGGAUGGCCAUUGGAUCUUCUGGGUUGGACCCUUCGCUGGUGCAGCCAUUGCAGCUUUCUACCACCAAUUCAUCUUGAGAGCAGGAGCUGUCAAGGCUCUUGGAUCAUUCAGGAGCGCCCAACGGUUUUAAAUCUCGGUUCCUUUUCAACUUGAAUAAUGAAGAAGUGCUUGCUGCUCCAGCUAGUGCGUGCAUGGUGGUUUCCCUUUAUUAUCCCUUUCGGUCUGGGAAUCAUGGAAUUUGUAGAUAAAGUCUCUUUGAAAAGGGGAGGCUUUUAUUAUCCCUUUUGUCAUUUUCAGGCGCUUGCCUUAGAAUUCACUUCAAUGUUAUGUUCUCUCUCUUUCUUUUGCACCUAUUGUGCUUCUAAGUAAAGCCUAGUCUACCUUUUCUUUC